GGCAGUGAGAAAUCAGAAAUCCCUAAGCUCAAAGUUGUCGGGUUGAAAAUCGGAGCAGCUGAAAUCGGAUCUCCGUAUACUGUGUCGGAAUGAGCUUGACUCUCUUGCAGAGCUACUCCUCCGCCGAGGAAGAAGAAGACGACGCCGGAGAAGGAGAACAGCAACCCGGCUACGAUAGGUCGGAGGACGAAGACGAUGACGACGAAGACGGCGUUCCUCAGAAUCGAUACAAGCCUCUUUUCAACCCUAACCCUUCUUCGUCUUCCUCCCUCCCCUCUGCUCUCGACGCCUUUUCCGAAGUUUCGGGACCGCCGGAGUUCCUAAACAACAGUGUUCAGGAAGCUGCUAAUGACGCCGACAACCAGCAGCGCUGGCGGCACGGCCGCCGUAAGAACAACAGGGAUAAGAAAGAUUUACCUUCUGGUGCUGUAGUUGAGGCUAAGGCUCAGUUAACUGGGAUCCAUGAAAGAGUUAGAAGUGAUGUAGAGGGUACCAUGCCCAAGACAUCCACAGGGCAAAGGAGCGUUUCUUCGGCCACUGCACAAGGAGGCAAAAGUUCAGAAGAUGCUGCAGAUCUUAUGAGGAUAUGCUUGACUUGUGGGAUCCCUAAGACAUACUCACAUUCGAGAGGAAUAGUUUGCCCCAUGUGCGGUGAUCGCACUGCUACAGACGCAAAUACAGAGGCGGGGAAGAAAAAAGGGUCAACCAUAAAAGACAAGGAGAAGAGUAAGAGGAUGAAGGGUCAAUCAUCGCAUGCUUCAUGGAAGAGCGAGACAGAGAUGGCCCUGCGCCAGCAGUUUGAUUAGGUUUACGUUUUGCAGUUUGAUGUAGAUUCCCGAGGUGGCGACUACAAGAACUUAGUUAAGCAAUCAAGCCACAUGUACAGGUCAAAUUUGAUGAUUUGGAACAUUGUCUUAUGAUCCUAUGGGGUACUAUUUUCAUUGUGAGUUAACAUCCUCAGAACCAGUUCCAUUGUUAUAUUUACUUUUUUUUUUCUUCAAUUUAUUACCUAUUUUAGGAUAGUAUUGUGAUUUUGGUAAUGAGAAUUGUUCUGACAUUACAAGGACAUGUAUUCCUGCAAUCCUCUGUUUGGUAAUGAGAAUUCGAUAUGCAUUGGAUAAA